AAAAUCUUAACCUAAUACCGCUUGACGACACGUCUCUACCUAGACGACUUCAUUCGCGUUCGCUCGGUUCUGUUAUUGUUUGACAUCUUAAACAUUUCCUUCGAAGUGCAGCAAACCAAAUUGUCGUGGAGCUUUCAAACGGUCUAAAGUUUUCAACACGACAACGCAACGUUCGUAAACGAAAAUAAAUUAAUAAUAUUAAUUAUAAAUAAACAAAUAAUGAUAUAAAGUAUUCAAUUCAUAGCAAUAACUAAUAGUUAGUUAGUAGUAGGUUAACUUAGUUUUAAGUGGGUGCUUAUCCCACUGGAUAGAGUGGGUUUGGUGUAAAAGUGGAGAACAUUACGACAGGGAAGAGGAAUGCCGGGUUUACCCCGGUCACCGACAGAUACAGCGUUAUCCUGACGAUAUCAACAAACGCCUCUGACGGGUUCGCCUUGAUAAACGAUUACAACGCCGCCCCGCUGUUCGCCUCUGAAAACGCCUCCAGUGAAGUGUGGAGCGCGGGCGGCGGGGCCGGCGGCGGCGCUGCAGCAUGCGGUAGCAGCGGCAUGGACCUCAAACACGAGGUGGCUUACCGCGGCCUGCCCAAUCAGGUCAAAGCCGAGCCCGGGGUCAGCCACAACGGCCACCAGGUGAACGGCCACGUGCGGGAGUGGAUGGCGGGCGGCGGCGGAGGCUCCCCGUCGCCGGGGGCAGCCACGCAGCCGCAGCCGAAUAAUGGCUACUCCUCACCGCUGUCCUCGAGUAGCUACGGGCCGUAUAGUCCUAAUGGGAAAAUAGGUCGCGAGGAACUAUCACCAGCGUCUAGCGUUAAUGGCUGCAGUACAGAUGGCGAGGCGAGGCGGCAGAAAAAGGGGCCGGCGCCUCGGCAACAGGAAGAAUUGUGCCUCGUGUGCGGCGACAGAGCCUCCGGAUAUCAUUACAAUGCGCUAACGUGUGAAGGAUGCAAAGGGUUCUUCAGGCGGAGUGUGACGAAAAAUGCGGUGUACAUAUGCAAAUUCGGCCACGCGUGCGAAAUGGACAUGUAUAUGCGGAGGAAAUGUCAGGAAUGUCGGUUAAAGAAAUGUCUAGCGGUGGGCAUGAGGCCCGAGUGUGUAGUGCCAGAAACCCAGUGCGCGAUCAAGCGGAAAGAGAAGAAGGCGCAAAGAGAGAAGGACAAGUUGCCAGUGAGCACGACGACGGUAGACGACCACAUGCCCCCGAUCAUGCAGUGCGAUCCCCCGCCGCCAGAGGCCGCGAGGAUUCUGGAAUGUUUGCAGCACGAAGUGGUCCCGCGGUUCCUGUCGGACAAGCUGAUGGAGCAGAACCGCUUGAAGAACAUCCCCCCGCUGACGGCCAACCAGCAGUUCCUGAUCGCGAGGCUCGUGUGGUACCAGGACGGGUAUGAGCAGCCGUCUGAGGAAGAUCUGAAAAGGGUUACACAGACAUGGCAGCCAACAGACGAAGACGACGAAGACAUGCCGUUCCGUCAGAUCACAGAGAUGACGAUCCUAACAGUGCAGCUUAUAGUUGAGUUCGCCAAGGGCCUGCCUGGCUUCUCCAAAAUCUCGCAGCCAGAUCAGAUCACGUUAUUAAAGGCCUGUUCAAGUGAGGUGAUGAUGUUGCGAGUGGCGCGGCGAUACGACGCGGCCUCCGACAGCGUUCUGUUCGCGAACAACCAGGCGUACACUCGCGACAACUACCGCAAAGCCGGCAUGGCUUACGUCAUUGAAGACCUGCUGCACUUCUGUCGGUGCAUGUACUCUAUGACUAUGGACAACGUACAUUACGCUCUACUUACUGCCGUCGUCAUUUUCUCAGAUCGGCCCGGGCUGGAGCAGCCGCAGCUGGUGGAGGAGAUCCAGCGGUACUACCUGAACACACUGCGGGUGUACAUCCUCAACCAGCACAGCGCGUCGCCGCGCUGCGCCGUCAUCUACGGCAAGAUCCUGUCCGUACUCACGGAGCUCCGCACUCUUGGCAUGCAGAACUCCAACAUGUGCAUCUCGCUCAAACUCAAGAACAGGAAACUGCCGCCAUUCCUCGAGGAGAUCUGGGACGUGGCGGACGUGUCGACGGCGCAGCAGCUGCCCAUGGUGGACGCCGGCUCGGCGCUCUAGCCCUGCCGCUGCCUGUGAGCCGCCCGCCACCCACACCAGGAGAGAACGCUCAUAGACUGGCUAGUUUAAGUGAAGUGCGAGGACACAACGUCGGACCGUGAUCAUCGUAUUUAUAAGUGCAAAUUUAAUUAACGGGCGCAAAAACCCGAUUUCGCAUGUAUUCGGUGACCGACGACGAAUGCGCGAGAGAUUAGUGAAUAUAUGUGUUGUUGAACGUUUGGAGAAUAUAUUAGUGUUGAUCGUUUGCGGCCCGCGCGCCGGCCGAAACGACCUCGCCUCGUUCUGGCUGGCGCCAGUCGCGGGACCCUUUAUUUCGUUUUCGACUGGAUUUGUUGGUCACUCGGAUACGGCUAUAUGAUAAGACUUCGAUAAGUACACCUCCUAAAUUACAGAUACGUACAUACUACCAGAGUUAUAGAAAAAAGUAAUAUAUGAGAUGUUUCUAUUGGGUGAAAAGUUGAUAUGUUUAUUUACCAAAAUUAACGAUAUGUUGAUUAACCUUUUCGAUUAAUAUAUGUGAUGAGUAGGCAGUAACGUUCCGCGACGUUAUCCCGAGUCGGGUCCGCUGAGCCCGGACAUUACGUACGAGAUAUUCUGCGGUGUUUGUUUAUAUAUAGUUUAUGUCAAACGUGUUAUCGUGUCCUGUCGAUUUAGUUCCGAGUCAUGUUCCAUUGCUCCCGUGCCCGCGUCUCUCGACUAAUUUAUAAUUUAUUAUGCUGUGAUUACAUUUAUAACAUGUUACAUUUAUCUUACGUAGGCUGAUAUCAGUGUGUCUUAUUACAUGUUAAUCUACUUUCAGUAGUUUUCACAAACACAUACAUAAGUUUUCUGUCAGCUUAGGUAUCUGAUUGACAUUGCAUUUUACAUCCACUGGAAUUCCUGUAAUAUGUACAGUUGUUUAAGGAUUAGUUACGCUGCAUAGCCUACAUAAUCGAUUUAUCACACGCUGAAAAGCCAAAUCUACGUGAGUGUGCAAUUUAUUCCAUAAGCAUAAAUAAUAGGAUCAUUACAAAUAGACUCUGUGUACGUGUCACAUGUUUUAAAAUAUAGAUUAAUGGAGGCAGGUUUGCGUCAGUUUCCCAGUAAUGAAGUACAGUAUAUUAAAAUACUUAUGGAUAUUUCUACUUAAUUAUUCCCCAACGUUGCAUGCAAAUGGUAAGGCGGAUGUUAUGUAGAUAUGAAUUAGGUAGAUGGUACCCGAAAAUUCCCAUUCUUGUACAGAUUCAAUUUAACAAUUUAAAUGUUGCUUAGAAGCCAGCCACAGCCUCUACUUAAAGUACAAAAUGGCAGCUAAUUUAAUUAUAUUUUGUUUUAAAAAUGUUUGACAUUACUGUAUUUGGCCGAGCUUACUCUAUGGGAACAAUAUUGGUGUAGUGAACACUACAAUGUAAAGAUUUAAGUCGUCUCCACACAUGCGCGGUUCGAAGCGACCAGCCCGCGUCUUUGUGGGGAUGAUAGCCUUUUUACUUGCAUGCAGCGUUUGCACCAAAUGCGAACCCAAACCUGCCUCAUAUCGGCGGACUUCGAGUAACAUUUAGUAAGUUGACAUACUUGAACACUAAAACUGCCCAUAAGCUAUAAUGGCCCACAUACGAUAUGCCUUAUUUCGCGUUACCUGUUUCGUGUACCUACAUUGUUGAUGAGUGGAAAUCAUAGUAUAUAGAAAGUAAAAUUAAUAGAUCUCAAUUACAGUAAGCGUUGUUAAAGCGUUCGUACGUUUAGCGAGUUUUCCGUUCGUCGCAUCGGCUGCCACUCUUCAUAUGGCUACGCCGGCGACUCCGCCUUCCCUGUACUGGCUUUCUGUCUAAAUUCAUAAUCUGACUAGCAAAACGACUGUUUAAGAUGUAAUAUGUUGUUCUAUUAUAUCUGGUUUACUAUGUGGCAUAAUGUACCUGUUGGUUCAUGUUUUAUUGGACACCGCGGCAGUCACAGAUAAGACCAAUGAAUGCAUCUUAUAAGCAAGUUUCAAAUUAAUAAAAAAAAUAAAGUGUGACAGAAAGCCACUAUUAAAAGGGACUGUUGUACAGUGACCGUCUCUACGCCUUCGAUGUCUGUUGCGAGAAUUUCUUAAAAUGUAGAACACCAAUAUCGCGUAUGUUUGUUCAUCUUGAUAUCUCACCACACGAAACUAUUCACCAUCCAUUUUACGCGUUUAAGAAUAAUUAAGUGUCUGUUUGGUGCGUGUUGAAUGUGUCUUCUUUACAUGCCAUUAAGUGUGAUGUAUUUACAUAAUAUGUAUGUUUGGGGUUUUUGGAAAUGCAUUUCUUAAUAUACGUAUAAAUUCAGAGUGAAACGAUCGCGCUUGCACCGCGGACCGCGCGAUAGUCCGCUUAAGUACAUCUUUUCGACUUACAUAUAUAAUUUUAUUCUAGCAGUAGGCGAUUCUAUAAUAGAAAACGAUGCACAAAACGUCACUGGAGUGUCUUAGGUGUCCUGCUGAUUAGGGGCGUUGAUAACGAAUACACUGCCAUUAUAACGUAUUUACUUGACGCGUGGAUCAUAGCGGCGGACAUCUCGUGGUCCGUGCUCGAGUUAGCGUUACAAAAUCUCGCUAUGAUACGAUGCCUUAUAACUGAGAUGUGAUCGUAAGUCGAGCACUCGUCUCACCGAACUCUUACGAUCCACAUCAGAGGUUUGUGACAAAUAUAACUGCCAUUCGAUAAGUAAUUAUUAUACAUCAUUUGACGCGUAGGUUCAUAUUAGCUUCGUAGGUUCCGGACCCCGUCGGUGCACAGCCGGUCGUAUUUGAUACAUAUUAUUCAAUUUCUAAAUUGUAAUAGGUUUAUUAAGUAUGUAAUAAUCUCACAUGAGAAACUAAUAAGUAAUGAGAUACCAUAAUAUAAUUUGUGUCUUUAGCUGAUAACAUUAGUAAGAUGAUAAGUUUAUAUCGCUUAUUGGGAUAAUAAUGUAAAAGCGAGACGGCACACAGCACCCCAGAGUCAGCUUGCGGAUGGGAGGUGACGAUAGCGUAGACAAGACUGGCCGAGGAGAGUAGGUUCGACUGUUACAACCUGUUGUCCUUCAUUGCCUUCUGAAUCUAAAUUUUAUUAGUUUUACAUGGAAGCACCAAGGAGAGUAUUGUAGUGACCAAACGUGGCACGUCCAGUCUAUUAAACGGUGGACUUGAUUUUGGGAGUCUGCGUUAUGUCCAUUAACUUGUACAUAGAUACCUUUAGAUUCUAUUGUCAUAUGUUUGACAUAUGUACGGUUAAUUUUAUUCAUCUAAGUACAGAUGGCUGUUGUUAUUUUUAUAUAAUUUGGGUAGAAUAUAUUUUUUGUAAAUUACCUCCAUAUUUAUGUUUCGUAAGCUUUGUAAGCCGUAGGGACUUAGAAUAGUGUACGAGCUACGAACAUUGUGAUUUAUAAUUUCAUUGAAUUUGUAUUUACUGAAAUCGUCUGCUUAUAUAUUCUUCGUUUCGACAGAUUUAAUAAUUUUGUUACUUCAGAGUGCAAUAUGUACAAAUAUUUACAUAUUAAAUAUAAAAUGUACAGUCAAUUUUUAGUUUUAAUGUGUCAACGCAAUAUCCUUUUUAUUCAUUCGUUGAAUGUACACUAAAAGGCAUAAUAACUAUAUCACAAGUGAUUUGCGAUAGUGAUGCAACAUUCACUCUCACUAUUGUGUUUUUCUAUUACUUAAGCUAUUAAUUUUACAUAAGAGGACUAGGUGGAACUUUGUAUUUAAAUUUGCUAAUUUUUUGUAGCAGAUUAGAUUUGUUUACAUCGAUAAGGAGAAUAAUGUACAUUUUGAAUUCAUUUUAAAGUGAUUUAGUUGUUAUUUAGUAACGAAUUUUCUUAUUAAGUGUAACUGGCAGCCUCUCAAGGAGACGCCAAGUUUGCAGAGACCAGUGCUAAGAGUGCAAUGUCCGUUAGUAAAUAGUGGCUUUAGAAAACCUGCACUCGCCGCCAGCGCCGCCUGGUGGCCGGUGAACGGAGCCCAUUCUCAUACACUUCUAGUGCCACGUGGAACGAUAUGGGAAGGCUAAAAUUACGCUGUAUGCCCAUUCCGUGUUCGUUGAAACACAUUUAUUUGUAUAUUAUUUUCUUAAUCUUUUUAGUCGGCAGUAACUAUUUUUUUUCCUCCUAAUAUUUUGCCUUAGCAAAUCCUCUGUUAUUAAAUAAUUUAACGGCAGUGGUGAAGCGAAUUAGAUAUAGGGAACAGACAUGACGAUAUGUUAAAAUUUUAGAGAGUCAACUUUUAUAAAAACUACAAAAAUAAACCAUGAAAAGGUGUGUACAAAAAUGAGGAAAUUUGUAUGAAACAUUGUUAUGCGAAUAAACUUACACCUCAAGAUAAAAUUAUAAAAAAUA